AUGAAGUGGACUCAGGAAAAUGAGCACCUUCUCUUGAAAGUCAUGUUCGAAACCCAGAACAUGCACAUCGACUUCGACAAGAUCUCCAGCGCCUGGCCUGGAGACGUCAAGCCCACCCCCAAAGCCCUCAAGGAGCACCUCUCUAAGUACCGCGGCAAGGGACAGGGAAGCGUGACCUUCGGAAUGUCUUCGAGGUCUGCUCCUUCGACCCCUCGCAGAAAGUCCAGCGCCAAUAAGUCUGCUGGUGGUGAUGAGGCCGGUGACAACGAUGUUUGCGAUGACGGUGCCAUGACUCCUGUCACUCCCACCAAGCGUGGCGCUUCUGGCGAGGCUGCGACCCCUCGGAAGAGACGGGCUACUAAAAAGACUGCCAAGGAGACUGAGAUUGCAGGUGAUAGGGAUCAGGCUUAA